AUGGAUGUCGAGAACACGGCAAACUCCCCAGAGUCUAAUGAAGAGGUCCAGAAGAUCAAGCAGGAGCCCCGGAUCGUCAAGGACAUUCCCAGCGAGCUGCCGACACUCUUCCCGAAUUUCUUCUUCGACUCAGCGUCAAUCGCGCGGUGCUCGCCCUGCGAUGUUUGUCGGGCCCGGCAAACGCCAUUCCUGAUCAAGCGCCAGGUGGCGCUCAAGCUGGGCGUUAUUUUCGAGAGGUCGAGGUUGCCCGUCGUGCCAGAGACUGCGGACACCGCGUGGACAGCAAUCGCAGUUUUGCCCGCGAGCAUAGAGCAGAGAUGCGGACUGCCGUUGCAUCUUGGGCCUCCCACAACCGUGUCACACUUGAAGGGUCAGGAGCAGACGCUCUUCCAUUCGGCGAGGUUGAGUAUCCUGAAGGUGGCGGCGAAUUUCAAGGCAGCGUCCCCCGCGGCCGCUCGCAAGAGGGAGAAGGAGUUCGCCUGGAUGGACUCGGACGACGAGGAAGGGACAAGGGCGACGCCCUGGGCUCGGGCGCGGCGGCCAACAUAG